AUGCCAUCCAUCGGAGAUCGAGAUAGGCGAAAGUUCGAUAAAGCAAAAGAUACUCGAGAAGAGGAGCUCCUCCUAUCAAAGGACGCUGAGGUCACGAUGAAAGACCGUAGUGCGACCCCGGAAACAGCGGCCGAUACGAAAUUCCACAGGAGACUGCAUUCCACUACAACCGACGAAAUCCUCACUGAACUUGGCCUCCUCAAUCCUCACUCAGUUUUCAUCAUGUUAUCGAUGGGUUUCCUGUGGUUCCUUUCGGCAAUGCCUACUAUGUCUCCAGCUUACUUGGCUCCACCCACGCAUUUCUCCGAAAAUUCCUCUUUUCUUACCGUUCAGAAUGAGUUCGAACUCCAACGAUCAGUGAUUGAUCCAGCAGAAAUGACGUCAUCUGUGUACUUCCUCGGGAAUCUGGUCCUAGGACAAAUGUAUUGCAUGGCGGCUGACAGAAUUGGACGACGACCUGUUCUGGUGUGGAGUCUCAUCGUAUCAGGACUGGCUGGAGUUGGAGCAGCAAUUGCUCCCACAUUCUAUCUGAUGUUAUUCGGGCGAUUCAUCCAAGGGUCCUUCUUUAACUCGAUCACAAUGAUCAAUUGGGUGUUAUGUUGUGAAUCCAUAGCAUUCAAAGGCCAUUCUUACGCGUCCGUGAUCUUUGGCGUCUUCUGGGUGGCAGGAUACUGCAUAAUUACUCCUAUAGCUCAUUUUUUCCCGUCCUGGCGAGCCCUACAAUUCAUGACCUCACUUCCCACUUUGUUAUUUGGAUUUGUGAUGCUCGUAUCCCUUCCGGAAAGCUUCGAUUUUCUGAUCACCAAGAAAAAACCGAUCAAAGCAGAGAAAUGGAUUAAACGAGCACAAAAAUGGGGAGCACGCAAGUUCGAAUGCGAUGUGAUGAAAACAAUUGAGAACGAGACCGCACGAAUUCCGGAAGAGACAAGCCUUAUGGAAAGCCUUCGUCACGUUGUGCACAGUUCGGAGCUCAUGCUGUACAUAGCUAUCCAGACGGUGCUAUGGGUGGUGGACUUUAUGAUUUAUAAUGCAUUAUCACUGAUGUCAACAGACGUUAUGGACGGUGACGCUGACACGUCGUUCCUAUUCUCUGGCCUAGUCGAACUGCCAUGCUACUUCUUGAUGCCGGUUGCACUUGAUCGACUCGGAAGGCGACCGACAGUGAUUUUAAGUCAUGUUCUAUCAGCGAUUGCAUUAGUAAUAAUGUGCUUCUUGAAUCCAGCAUCACAUCCUGCACUUUACAUGGUUGUGUGGCUCGUCGCUAAAUUUGGAAUGGCCAGUGCGUUCAUGUGCUGUUUCGUCUACGGAUCGGAGAUCUUUCCCGUCCAAUAUCGCAACAUAUGCCUUGGUUUCUGCGCAACAAUCAGCAAUAUUGGAGCUAUGAUGUCUCCACAUUGUGGUCUAUUGGAUAAUGUGUUCCACGGCUUCAUGUACGCGACAUUUUCUGCGCUAUGCGCAUUGUGCGCAUUCGUAACCUCGUUCUUGCCUGAAACAAAACACUCUCGCUAA